AUGGCACUCGGACCAAACUUGUUUAUUUUGAAUUAUUGUAUAGGUCUUAAUAAAAAUUUGACUCCUAUUAAAAAAUAAAAAGUUCAGAAUUGAUGUAAACUGAUAGGAUACCUUCUUAAUAACCGUCGACCGUUCAGACCCUAAAAUUGAACCGUCAAAAGCCUUAACAUUUAACCCCUAACCGUCAAAACCGCAAAAAUGAAACAAUCGUCAACCGCCAGAACUACCUCCCCAUUGAGAUACUGUCACAAGAUGUUAUGGAUAACUAAAAUUAGGAGUGUUUUGGAACAACCAAAUUAGGAGUGUUUGGGAACAACUAAAAUUAGGAGUGGUUGGGAAUUUUUCAGUUAUGCCUGUUAAUUAGUUUAUCUCGAAAUCUUUAUGCCAGUCUUGUGAGCCUUGGUUUGUCAUGUGCUGCAAGACCACACACUUAUCUUUGCCUUUUGAGUGAUUUGUCCUGACCGUUGUAGGAGGGCUUAAUUCUCCCACGAUAAUCGUCAUCGCUAGUCGUGUUUGGGUUUGCCCUUGACUUUGCUUUAAGUCUUCGACGGGGAGUUUUGUUUACGUUUUAGUUCUCAAAGAUUGGUUGUUUUUGAGUAAUUUGUUGUUAAUUUUGAACGUCUUGUGAGAUUGUUUUAGUUAGCAUUCUAAAAAUAUGUUUACUCCGCCAAGGUCAGUUGUCCCGUAUGCCCAAACAUGCCUAUCGUAGGAUAUUUAAGAGCGUGUACUUCGAGCUGAAUUCGUGAGAACAGAGACAGAAAUACAUUUCCUGAACAGAUCCUUGUUGUCUCCCGUUUGCUCAAGUUGCUCAAGCUAGUUAACACCAAACAGUCCAGCAAAGAAAGCUAUGCAACGAGGUAGGAGAUCUCUUUUGCCACUACACAGUUUUGGGCGAUAAAUGAAAUGUGAUAUAUUUUACAUUGGUUUUUUAAGUUUAAGUUUCACUUAACUUUCACUUCAAGAAACGGCACUGAGCACUUUUUAAAUGUGCCCUUACACUAGGCUUGAUAUGUUCCGUAUUUAUAUCGAUGCACAAUUAUCUACAAAAUUGAUUUUACCUCAGAUCGUGUUACUCUGAAGGAGAUUAAAACAUCUUUCAUACCACUACGAACAUUGGACAACUGCUUGAUACUCAAGCAAGUAAAUGUUUUGCAGUCAAUUCAUAUGAACAUUUCAUAAGUUUACACUUGUUUUCAGUUGUAGAGAAGUUGUAGGCUACAAUUUGCAUACAGACCAAAAUUGCGGACAAGGCACAGAGGCACAAAUUCAAUUACAUUAACGACUUUAGGCCGGAACGUUUUCAGCAGAAAAAAUAAAAUAAAGCAGGAUCAGAGUAAAUACUUUGAAAACAUUACUCGAUAAUGAGAGUCUUUCGAUCAAGACGUAUUACAAAAAGAAUAAAAUAUGAUAAAAUCGAGAGGAGAAUAGAUUAAUUAAGUAUUUAACCUCAGUAAUCAAAACUCGUGUCAGUUUAAAUACCAUAUUUGUCGGUUCAGUAUGAAACCUGAAAAAAUGGAAAAUAAGGUGAAAAAAAAGGAACUUUUCUAACUCUCCAUUUAGUUUAAUGCCACAUGUUGACGUUAUUUUUUAUUUAUUUCUAAACAAACGCGUGGAAACAAGGAAUCUGUUUGAUAAAUUAAUAAAAAAUGACGUAAAUAUGGUUAUAGGAAGAUCAGCAGUUAGAGAUGCGUAUAUACGUAUGAUAGAUGAGUAUAAUUACAUGUGCUUUCUUUAAAUAGAGUAUUGGUAGCCUCCAGAUACCUACUGGCUGAAGAGAAAACCUAUCUCACAGUUCUGAGAAGGUCGGCAAUAGUUACUGCAACUAUGAAUGAAACGAGGUGCUUUAGUCAAGAAGCUGGAAGGGUUGGAAUCACGGUGGUAUUCUGUUUGCAACUUGUUGUUUCGUUGGUUGGAAAUAGUUUUAUCGCAAUAGUUGUCUACAAGACGAAAUCCCUGAGAAAACCCAUUAACUUUUUAAUCGUAAACGUGGCUAUGUCUGAUCUGCUCUUUCCGAUUUUCCUUAUUCCUGAGGAGUUGAUUGUUUUAUACAACGGUCCCUGGCUGACAAGCGGUCCUCUUGGCCGAUCCCUGUGCGCGUUGGUCUUCUUUUCAGUAAAGAUCUCCGUUGCUGUAUCAGUCCAAAGCCUGGUGCUGAUCGCCGUGGAUAGAUUUGGGGCUGUGGUAUUUCCCCGAUGUGCCCCACUCAUCAGUUCCAAGAAGUGCCAGUUCGUCAUUCCCGCCACUUGGAUCUUGGCCGUUACUUUCCUUAGCCCCUCUUGGAAACUUGUUAGUCAUCCAGAUAGGCCAAUGUCUGCGGAACAAAGAAACAACUCUUUUGAAGUGCCCUCGUCCUAUAGAAACCUCGUUAUGGCUAUGGAUGUGCUAUUCCUGGAUGCCCCAUUGAUAUUGAUCUGCAUAAUUUACCUAGUUAUUGCUUUUAAAAUAAAAUCCCAGAAGAUUCUAAUCGAGCAAUCAGCCAACGCGAGGGGACAACGUUUACAAAGAGAGCGAAAUGUUUUGAAGAUGUCCAUUGCUAUCAUGUUAGGGUUCGCGGUGUGCUGGCUGCCAUAUAGUAUCGUCGUCCUCUAUCCGUUAGACAUAAAAGCAUCUUGUGGCAUCCAAUAUUUCACAGGUUUUGCUUUCAUUCUGGCCAACUCAUAUUGCGCCAUAAACCCAUUCAUCUGUUUCGUUUUCUGUGGAAAUUACCGACGAGGUCUUAAACGGCUCUUCAGUUGCUUCUAUGUUGGUCAGAGGGUCGAUGAAAUUGCAUCUUAGUUUGAGUCCUGCGCUGUUGUAUUUUAUCCACAACAAUAUUCAAGGAUUUAAUUUUGGCUAAGCUUUUUACACUGAGACCUACAAAAAGGCAUGUCUUUCACGUGAAAGUCCCCGGUUGAACAAUCGAGCCGAAUUGUGGAUAUUUCUUAAGUUUGUCCAUAAAAAUACAGGCUCCGGUCAAAGCCAGGUACCAACUUUUACUUCUCAAAACGAGAUAAGUUCCUUUAUUCGGGAAUUUGAAGCCUUGUGAGCUAACUUGCAUUUAGAAGGUAUAUAGUUCAAACUUAGAGCUUUAGAAACUUUGAGUACCGGUUAAACCGGAUCUUUGGUUUAACUAUUGCUUUGUGGCAUACAUUUUAAAUACAUGAUUUGAAGAAAUUACUUGAAAAUGUUUUACCACAUGAGAAUAAAAACAAUAGUUUGUAGAAAGAAAAAUAAAAUGAAUUAUUUAACAGUAACUUAGCGGUGUCCAUUUUGUUGCCAUGGUUUCCUCUUUAGUGUAAUCUGCGACUUGAAAAAUGAAAAUGAAUUCAGAAAAAAUGUAUUAAAACUUUCUGCUUCUAAUGUCAACCAAAUAAUAUCUUGUAUCUUCUUUGCAUGGAGUUGAUUCCUGUGGUGCCAUUCAAAAAGUCUAUGAACCCCGAAGCACAUGUAGAAAUACAGCUCUAUUUCGUGCGGGGGUCUGUAAACGGAGCGCCUUCAACAGUUAAGUUUGGUGCCGUAAAUAAAUCAACAAGUUACAAAUUGGUCCUCUCCUGGUCGUUUCUUCUUUGCCUUCGCAAACUCUAUUCCGCGAAAAAAUGUAAAAUACCAAAAGUUAGAAUCCAUGCAAUUUCUGUUUGAAUGGAUAUUUGAAAAUGUCGCGGCUUUGCCCGUUCAGUUCAUAAACUUAAAGUUUAGGGUUCAGGCCGGAGACAAGCGUAAAACAAAGGAAAAUUAUUUAUUUGCUUGAAAAAAAUUUUUUUUGACAAAGAUGUUUUUCGUCUUGUCCCGAGCGUGGGACAAAGACACAGAAACUCCAUGGUGAGCAAGGUCCAUUACGAAGGUCAUAUUUUAUAUCUUAUUUACAAAACAUAUUCGAUUUAAUGAAAACAUCCAUGACAAUAUCGACAUUGCUGAUCCUUGCAAUAUAAAGGACGUGUGUCAUAUACGAACUUUCGUAAUGGACCUCUGUUUAUUCUGUUUACAACUUUCUUUUUUUCGAAACCGAGGUUUGCGCCUUUUUUAGCUCCUCCUCUAUCUUUUUGUGCCUAAUGUUCCUUCCUUCUUGGAACGAGUCUGAUCCAGUUUCUUUGGAUUCAUUUUUGGUUUUGUCGGGUUUAGUUCAAUGUUUGCUCAGGGUCUCAUCUCUGCCUUUCGACAUUGUUAUUGAUUUGAACGUAAAAGCUACGUCGUCAAACAUUCUCACACGUGCGUUUUACCCUGAACAUAUCUAUCAUAUCCUUUGAAGAAAUAUAUGUUAUUUGCCGGCUGGGAGGUCUGUAUGGUGAAAAACUGUGACUGAGGUCUUGAAAAUACUGCCCGAGGCCGUAGGCCGAGGGCAGCAUUUUCAAGUAAUUUAGUGUUAACAACUGGGUUGAAAACGUAAAUUAGCCACCGUAAAGGGUAAAAAAGCUGACGUUUCGAGCGUUAGCCCUUCGUCAGAGCGAUUAGAGGAAUUGUGGGUUGUGUGUGGAUUUAUAUGUAGAAAGUGGAGCUACGCCAUUGGUGGGAAUAUGGUGACGAGAAAACAGGAAUAAAUUAGUUGAAUGAAAAGCGCUCAUUGAUUCCGUGGGGAUUAAGGGUGCCGAUUUGGAAUAUAAAUUUUUGUUCCAGUGUUUUACGGCUUUCCGAACUGCCUUGAUUUCAAGACCUAGGUUGACAGUUUUUCACCAUACGGACCGACCCUUAGCCGGUAAAUAACAUAUUUAUUUUUUUUAAACUUGACGAGAUUCUUUCCGAAAGAACCCGAAUGAUUUAGGGCUGUAAAUACGGCAAGAUCUUCCAUAAACUGAACAAUUUUUGACCGAGUAACUGGUUAAAAUAGAGGUGGUGCAAAUUAAAGAGAGAUGCCUCACCGAAGCAUUUUCAUUUCCGCAACGAUAAAGGUGAUUUAAAAGGCUUCUUAACAAACUUUGAAACAUUAUUUUUACAAGUACCUGUCACAAUCUAGCACCUGUCAAUUAGAGAGCGCGUAAGAAGAAAAAAGCGCAAGAAGAUUUGAAAAACAACGGAACUAGUUUGGCAAGGACUGUCACGACAAUGUUUUCUUCAAAAACAGUCAAUGAUCUAACGAAAAGUAUUAUUCACUCUGAUCGACGACUCAUUCAUGUUCGAAGAUUUACCUCUGUUCAUUAUGGAAACGGCAAGGAAAAUGAUUGUGAGUAAAUUCAAAUUUUUUAAUUUGAAGUUGUGAGAGUUUACUCGUUUGUUUGCUGCAAUGGCGUGUGUAAAUCUGGUCUUUCGUCCACAAAAACUAAAUUCGAAUGGCACACUCCAACGAGACACAAGGGGAUUUAAGGCAGCCUUUUCUCAAUAAAUUCCUUCAGUUUCUGUUGUGCAAUUUACGGUACAAAUGUCCAAAUUGAACGGACUUGGAAAGACUCACCGGGAGCGUAUAUUUUUUGUAGAACUGAAAUUAAAACUUCUCUCGCUCUUUCACUACGAAAAAUUGUUUGAGAAGAUUCAGAUAUUAAAUAAAUGAAAGUUCCAUCGUUCAGUUAACUGUAACCAAGUACCUCACGUUUUAACUUUCUAGUUAUUUUUUGUGAACGAUUAAAAUUAAUUGCAGACGGUUUUUAGGCCGCUUGUCAACCAACGUAAGGACGCUAUUGCUUACACAAAUUCAUUCUGAAACCAAUAUUUUUCUGUCAACCAAAGUGAUUUGAGAGAGAGAAAAGAGAGGAUUCAUUAGUUAUUUAUCGGCUUGAGGUAGUGGCCGAUGUGUUUGCUUAAAAAUACCACUCAGCCGGAAAAACGAGAUAUAUUUAUGAAAAAUGGUAACGAAAGUUGGGAUGUACCGGCUCGGCGACUCACAAAAGCGUUACCGUGACCCGUGGGCAGAGAUAGGAAAAUACUGACCGGGUAAAGAACCAAUCAGAUUGCAGGAUUUGUUACCGUGCCCUCUAAAAAAAAAAAUAAGAAUGUUUAUUGAAAAGGAAAAAGAAGAAAAAGGAAAGGAAUGAAAAGACAAAUAAAAAAAUCAACGUAGCCAGGGCUCGAACCUACUACCUUCAGACUCGAGAGGAAUAAUGUGAAAAUUCAGUUGAUGCACAUUAAAGACAUGUACAUAUUCUAUUAAUUUCUUGCCCUGUCCCCAACUUGUCAAUAGUCCAUUAAAAGUUGUGUAUUUGGUUGCCAAGCCUUUUAACAGGAGUGGGGCUAAGGGUGACCUUGUUAUGAUACAAACCUUGCUGCUUUUCAAAUUUAAAUUGCUUUGUUGUUAUACUAACUAGGUACUGGUCUCUAUAACAGUAAUGUCACCUUCAGCCUCACUCCAAAUAAAAGGCUUGCUGUUGCCCAGUGCACAAACUCUCGUCUGACCAAGUCUUUCUUUUCUCACAAGUUUGGCAUUGACAUGAGCUAUUUAUCAACCUCUCUAAACAUUUCACACUACAUUGCAUUUUUACUGAUAUUCUACACAACUAUUGUAAGUCAUGGACUGCCUUUUUUUCUCUUACGGUACUCGUAUUACCAUUACUUGCUGUAACCACAGGGAUCUAGAUUUGUCGCUCGACAAUGUUUACACCCUAAAUAGAAGGCUUCGCCGGAGUGCAGAACGUAAGUGAGUUCAUACCGGUCAUCAUGUUACAGCAAAGGAAAACGGAAAAAGUGAACAAAUGAAUGGAAUAAAAUUGGCAUUGACAUAAUCAUUACAAUUUCCUCAAAUAUAAUUCACCUUCUGGGCUUUAGAUUUCACGUGUAAUGUCACGUGACUUUUGAUGUAAACAAACCCCGAAAGUACGGACAUUGAGUUGAGCUCGCAGCACACGACUCCAAACUUCAGCUUUGGCAAUUUUUUUUAAAUAACCUCCUACUUUCAAGAAGCGUUUCUUCGCUCAAAAUUGACAUCUUUCUUGUAUCAUUGAUUUGAUUAUGUACCAAGCAAGUUGUUACUUCGCUGCCGUUGAAGUAGAUCAUGUCGAAGAAUGUGUCAGGAAGAAUUGCGGCAUGGAAUAAUCGAACUAGUUUUGCGUACGGCGAUGAAUCUGAUCAGGUAUUUUCAGGGUGUUAAGCAUUAUGUAACCAUUAUGUUUAAGUAUUCACUUACAUAACAACUGAAAUCGUACACGUUCAUAAAGUUGAAAUCGUUUUAUUUUUGGGAAUCAACGCUUACUUACGUUCUACAGCAAUUCGUGGGCACUAAUUUCCUGUCAGACGUGGGUCUAUUUGACAAUCUACGCAGGUAACUCCCAGAAAAUACGUGAUCAGAUACAUCACUGUACGCAGAACUAGUUCGAUUAUUCCAUGCCGCAAUUCUUCCUGUGACAUUCUUCAAAAUAACUACUUGCUUGAUAAACGAUCAAAUAAAUGAUAAAAGAAAGAUGUCAAUUUUGAGCGAAGAAACGCUUCUUGAAAGUGGGAAGUUAUGUAAGAAAAUUUGUCAAAUUCAUGUGCUACGAACUCGACGCAAUGUCCGAACUUUCGGGGUUUGUUUACACUAAAAGUCACUUGACACUACACGUGAAAUCUAAAGCCCAAAGGGUGAAUUGGUGCAUUAGCUGUGUUAUUUUUCACUAAUUACUCUGUGGAGUUGUAAUCGGACAGUUGAUUACGUUCACUCAGCUAAAUCCACCAAUCACAAAUUUCCUAACUUCAAAAUAUUUUUAAAUCAGUUGGCAAACAUCGGUUUUUUUCGCAUUUAGUGUGAACGUUUUCGUUUCCAGACGUAAACAGCAGACAGAGGACCGCUAAACACUCAAUGAUCGCCAUAGGCAGUACUAUUUUCCGUUUACAGGCAUGACGCUUUCUCCAUUUUCAAACAACAUCCUUUGUCGUACGCGAUGAUUCUGAGACAUGCUGUCAAACUUCGUUAAAUAUCAUUACAUAAGUCUAUUUGCGUACUCGCCACCUCGUCACGUCCUCAAUUCUUGUUUGUUUUAAAUUCAAAUCCAGCCUUGCAUUGAGCUAUCUAACUUAAGAACGAGUUACCCGCAUUCAUUUGUAGAGGGAACUUCUUCAGUGACAGCAUGAGAGCCAAUAUUCUCCAGUGCGGCUCAAGCAAGGUGGGUGAAUAGGUCAUUAUAUGGCACUCGGACCGAACUUGUUAAUUUUGAAUUUUUAUUUUGAAAUUGGCUUUCGCGACCAAAAUACACGGUUUAUGACCGUUUGAUGUUGUUUGCACCUGUGAUAUCGGUGACUAAUGUAUUUUUUGAAAGUAAUAUUUAUUGUUAGAAGCUUUACAACUCCUCCUCCGUUCAUUUCUUAAGAGAAAAAACUGAAUAAGUUUUAGUAUAAAUUGACUCGUAUUAAAAAAAAAAAUGAAAAGCCCAGAAUAUCGUUUAACUCGAUACAGCCCAUUUGAAGUAAAAAGGAGUAUUAAAGGGGGCCAAGAAGACGAGAUAGUUAUAACUUUUUCGGUUUGUUUCUCAACGCUAAGAGGAAAAGUAGCAGCAGAAUUUCGAGAAACCACAUUAAAAAUAAACCCAGGUGGCUUGCUAGACAUCCAUGGCGACUUAAAAGUGAUCAUUAUAGUAAACUAAACGCAAAACAGCCAUUAAUUAUGUCGUUUGACCGAGCGGACCUGAGAAGUUUAUUUGACAAAUGAGUGAAAAUAUUCUAAAAACAAAUUAUUAAGCACAAAAUAAUUCAUUUGAAAGAGUAUAAAACCUAGAUUAUCCUAAAUUAAGAUGACAAUUAUUGAAAUAGUUUUUCUCUUUUUUUUCUUGUUCUCUAUUGUGGGUUCACAUCUCAGGUACAAUUAAGCGCGCGUUGUUGUAACUCAACUCAAGACAUUUUUUCAUCCUGAACGUAAUUGUUCGUAGUCAGCCUCAGCUGAAACUCAGUUCCACGAAGACUAAGAUCCCUUGUAAAUUUGGCCGUUAAAUGGUUGGAUUAAUUGGCCGUAAGCUGUAAAGUAAAAACUGUCAGGACUCUCGAUUCGUUCGAGCACAAAAACGUUGGACGUUGCGACGAGAAGGUGGUCGUAUUAACCGAAUGUUCAUAAGGCGAAGUUCUUUUGUGAUUUAUCGGCAGAAUGACUUUAACUUAAGUUGAGUUUGGUAAAACUAUAUUUUCAUUUAUUCAGCCAGUUUCUUUUCAAUUUUAAACGUCGUUAUCAAUGUUUGCUAUCAAUGUUUGCUUGACAUCAGUUGCAAUUAGUGGUAGCCCGAAUUGUGAAUAAUAUUAUCAAUCGAUCGUUAUGGAAACUUUAUUCGAGGCGAUGGCGUGUAAACAUCUUCAUCAAAUUUAAAGUCACCUGAAACUUGCCAUGAGAAAGUCAAACAGCCUGGAUCAAGACUCUCUCUUGAGAUCCUAAGAUCUUCCUCACUCAAAGACAGGUAUGAUCCAAAAACUUUGUCUUCCAAUGCAUUUCUAGAAAUUCGAGGGUGACACACUUGAGUUACUAUAGUUAGCAAUAAAGGGAACGACAAAUGUUGAAAAUGUUACAAAGGUGCAAAGCAGUGUUCUGAUGACAAUGAUAACCUUUCAAUUUCGAAGUUGACUUUCACCAAGAAAUUAUGAAUUUCUUCUUUUUCAAGUUUAAAUUACGACGACCUAAUAAUCCAGUACAUCCGUACAUACGACGACCUAAUCAUCCAGUGACCGUUUGAGCUCUCAGGAUUGUUGACUUGUAAGGACGGAAAGCGGAGAGUAGAGUAAGCCUUCUCGAGAUUUCUAGAAUAGUUUUAUUCCAGCAAACGAGCCACAGACUACUUGGUUUUAUGAACUGAAUUGAUAAAGUGAAUUGACCACCAUAGAGAUUCUUGAGCGUUAGCCUCUCGUCAGAGCGAAGGUCUCAAGGCCUGCUGUUUUCGUGCCUGCUCAUUCAGCAAAAACGAACAGUUCAUUUCCGCUCAGUGUGUCGGUCGCACGUAUGUCUGGCUUCUUGAAGAUUACAGCUGAUCUCAAGACUAAGUCACUAAAACAUUCUAGACCUCAGAACAGUUAUAUACGAAAUAACCGUGACGGGAGGAACUGGUCAAACACGGGUCUGCCAGAGAGUUAUUUUUUGAACAGAAUAUUCGUCAUUCCUAAUACUCUGAAAUAUAUUUGAUAAAAUGACCAUGAAUUGAAAAUGAGAACAAUGCAAUUGAGCACUGUAUGAUUAUUACCAAAAAACGUCUUCAUUCUGAUAACCUUUUCUUUUAGUUCUCAGAGAAUGUUAAUAUAAAGGAAAGUAAUGAAUACAUUCUGAAGAGUUCUUUUGAGGAAAACUAAGUGAGCUUUUAGGCUUCUUGGUUUUUGAUAUGUAAAUCCUCUUUCAAAUGGAAAAUAAUCUGAGAGUGUUUUGCUGUAAUGUUUAAAGGGCGGAAAUUACAAAUCACGUUCAUUUGGAGUGCAACAACUGCUGCAAUCUGAAACACAAAUUAACAGGAGAUAGAGUAGUUACUCUACGGGCGAGGCCGUUUUUCGCAUGCAACCUUUGACUUUGGCUGCGCCUCGUGUGCCACUGAUGUUCUUACCACAUUUUGACGUCCUCUGUGAUCUAUUACUGAACAGACGCACAGCAACUUGGAAUCUAUUUGUUUUAUAUAAUAAAGAAUUAAAAAAAGUUUUAAUGAUGAUGUCAUCUAUACGUCUGUCCUCCAAUAGAUCAUAAGUGAGAACCAAUCAGAAUGCGUGCAUAACUGAGCUUAUUAUAUAAUUGUAAUUGUCACAGCCAGCAAUGUCUCCUACGUUUUCUAUUUUUGCAGGCCUAGCAAGGAAGAGAGGUUCUUUUUUGCCAUGGAUGAGUCAGAAAAUGCGAUUAACUCGACUGCCUCGCCAGACAUUCACAAUCUUGAUGUCUCACCAACUAUGAUGACAUUUUCCAUAGUUUACGUCAUCAUUAUCAUCGCUUCGCUGUUGGGAAAUAUCACAGUUUGUGUGGUCAUACUGACCACCAGAUCCCUGCGGCAAUCCAUCAACUCGUGCUUCAUCCUCUCCCUGGCAGUUUCUGAUCUGAUAACAACUUGUCUGGUGAUGCCGUUUGACUUGGAGCAGAUCAUUUCAUUCGGGCGCUGGAGACAUGGUGAGAUCAUGUGCAAUGUCUGGACGACAACAUACUUAAUUGCUGUACCCACUUCCAUUCUAAGCUUGUUGGCUUUGACAGUUUAUCGAUACCGACUCCUUCGAGAACCUCUGGACAUCUACAAGGCAUCGCCACUGAUGACUCGCAGGCGAGCCUCUAUAGUCGUUUGCUGUUUAUGGGCAUACUCCAUACUCUUUUCAUUCACCCCUGUCUUUGGCUGGAAAUGGCGUCCGAGAAGUGUUUACUUUGAGUACUGUAAUUUCAAUCUCUCUUUGACUUAUUCAGUCUUGAGUUCGAUGAUAAAUUUUGUGACACCAGUUAUAAUAGCUUCCCUUCUUAACUGCAGAAUGUUCUGCCUCGCAAUCAAGCGGUCGCAUACUCAGAAAGCUGACCGCAGAAAUGGCAAGACUCAUCAAAACCCAACAAGACCUACUAAUCCAGUCCAAGACAGCGCCAUUUCACCCCAAAAAGAACAACAGCUUGUCGAAUCCAUGCGAUUACAACAUGAAGCCAUCCUCAUCAGAAAACUACAAGGAAGGAACAUUCGCGCAGCCAAGACAACGUUUCUAAUCGUUUUCUCGUUCGUGAUUUGUUGGCUGCCUCACUCAUUUCUGAGCAUCAUUAUCACUUUGUGCAGGACGUGCGCUUUAAAGAUCCCAUACUAUCUUCAGUGGAUCUUUCUCAUGAUGGGUUAUCUUAAUUCAGCUAUUAACCCCGUUUUGUACAGCUUUCGGAGUUCUGAAUUUAAGAAGGCGUUUAAAGAUUUCAAUAGAAAGAAGCGCCUCUUUCGAGGUGCACAAAUCCGGGCCAAGGUCGCGCGCGCUAUAUCUUUGAAAAGGCGUGCAGUACCACUACAAAAUAUACCUUCCACUGACGAUUUCGGAGUUAAUUUGACAUUUUGUAAUCAAUUUAAUAGUACUAAGGAGAUUUCUGAAGUAAAUUUGUAACUCUCUCGUCACAUACCUCUGGGAAAGUGUGAGUUAGACGAAUGAGACAAAUUAGAGUAUUUGAGCGCAAGUUACACACGUACAUGAAAAUAUCGGUAACGAACACUAUCAUCAGUUUCGGAGAAAUAUUUCUGUAAUUAUGAUGAAAAAAGGAUAAAAUAAACAUCAAAUAUAAAACUCUCAGCUUGUUUCUGUUUGUCUCAGGCCUGCUGAAAAGGGAGAAUUUAUCAGCAUACCACUGCCUUUUUUUUCUUUCCCAAUUUUUAUUUGUUAGUUUCCUCUUUCAUCUCCACUUAUGUCUGGUUUACCACCCUGUACUCAGUAAUUCAAAUAAAGUUCAAAUUGCACCCUCUCUUUUACGGUUUGACCCCUGGGUGUUUACGAUCGCCAUUUAACAAUACGCAUCUACUAUUUUCAAAUUCUCAUUUAAUCCGAUGAGUCUCAAGAACAGAUUCUUUAGAAGCUAAAAAUAUCACAUCUACAAGGAAUAGGCAACGGCGUUUACAUUAGAAAUUGGUAUCGUCACAAAACAGUCUUAGAUAGCAAUUACAUUGUUUUUUUGGAUCAAUAUCAUUAUCUGGGCAACUGCCCACCUACCCCUCCCCUAACUCAACAACAGUUAAUGUUGGGUUAGGGGUAGGUGGGCAGUUGCCCAGAUACUGAUAUUGAUCCGUUUUUUUAUUGAGGACUAUAAACUUGAUCAAAAAGUUAUCAGAAUCAUGAUUAUAAGCCAAAGCCUCACAGACUGUUCAACCACAUUCGUUUACUUUACUUCCUUUUUGUUCUGUGCUACUUAAUUCAAUUGACUAAAUUAUAAACCUACCUUUCAGAACUUGUUAGAUAAAAUUUAUUUUAAACUAUUAGAUCUAUUCAUGAAUGGUGUAUGUUUUGCAUACUUCUAAGUUUUAAAUCUAGAGUUUAAUCUAAAUAAAAGCAGGUUAGCGAUAAGUCUGGUACCUUGAUUUGUAAGUAUCGCAUCUGAGAACACUCACUGGGCCAAAAACUAAAUUAUUUGCAGCGCUUACAAAUUGUACAGAUCUCAGCCAUUUGAUCAAACAUGCCUGUAGAUCAAAAGUUGAUAUUUUUAUUGCUCGCGAGGGCUAUAGCAGCUUCCAAGAGAGAGAUGUUUCAUCGUGGUUUUUCUUUCCUCUUGUAAACAAAAUAGACAGGAACACCAGGGACGAAGGAAAAAUGCUAAAUUACAAACAUUGCUCUCGCACACAUACUGCAACGAAGCAAAAAUGUCAAACUGGCAUAUUGCGGAGUGCAAAAUUGUUCCAAUUGUUCCAUAUAUAUGAUUUUCUUAUAUCUACAAUCAUUAUUCGUCACUUGGAUGGUUCAUUUGGCUCCAACAUAAUGACCAGCUCCCAGUUGGCUUGUUAGCUCAGUUGGUAGAGCGCUGCAUCGGUAUCGCAGAGGUCAUGGGUUCAAAUCCUGUACGGGCCUGAAUUUUUUUCAGGUCUUAUUUCAACUACUAGUUCAGUAGUGUUCAUAGCUGCGAGGAUCUCUUAUAUUCGUUUCUUCACCGCAAUGCAUACAUAUGACUUUCAUAUAUCUACAAUCAUUAUUGUUCCAACUUGUCCCAGUAUUUGGCUGGAAACCACUUCCAAGAAGAGUUUAUUAUGAAUACUGUUAUUUCAACCUCUCUUCAGCUUAUUCAGUCUUAAGUUCGAUGAUAAAUUUUGUGACACCAGUUAUAAUUGCUUCCUUUCCGCCUGAACUGCAGAAUGUUCUGCGUCGCAAUCAUGAAUCAUGCGGGCGCAUCCUCCAAAAGCUGGCCGGCGAAAUAGAAAGACUAAGCACACGAAUAGAUUCAAAGUAAAGAGAGGGAAAGUUUCAGUAGCAGAACCAGGAGGCAUUAAAAACCCAGCAAGGCUUAGUACAGUCCGAGAGAGCUCCAAUUCACCUACCUCAAAACAAAAACCCAUCGAAUCUAUGCAAUCACAACAUGAUGCCAUCCUCAUCAAAAAUUACAACAACGGAACACUCGCGCGGCCAAGACAACGUUUCUGAUCGUUCCCUCGUUCGUGGUCUGUUGGCUACCUCAUGCAUAUCUGAGCAUCAUGUACAGUGACAUUUUGUGUCGGAAGUGUGCCAUCGAUAUCAAAAAACAUCCUGAGUUGGGUACCGUCUUUCUUAUGUUGGGUUAUCUUAAUUCAGCCAUUAACCCCGUUUUAUACAGCUUUCCAAGUUCUGAAUUUAAGAAGGCAGCUAAAGAUUUCAUUAGCAGAAGGCGCCCCUCUCAAGGUGUACAAAUCCAAACAGAGAACACUCGCGCUAUGGAAAGGCGUGCAGCAACUCUGUAGACUAAACCUUCCGUUAACGAUUUUGAAAUUAAUUUGACAUUAAUGAAUGCUGGGGCGAUUUGUGAAGCAUAGUUGUAAUUAUCUCGUCACAUACUUUUGAAAAAAUGAGAGUUGGAAGGAGAGCGCAAACUGAUAAAAGUGCUGCGAGGGGAGAAAUAGUUUACAUAUAAUUUCACUUUUUUUUUUCUCCCAAGUUAUUCUGUUUCUCUUUCCUUCUCACCUCUAAUGUCUGGUUACACACCAUGCACUCCAUAUUCCAAAUAAAGUUGAAAUUGUGCAUGAACAUUGUUCAUGUAAUCGCUACAUCACAAUAAAUAUCUACUGUUUCAAAUUCUCGGUUAUGGAUCAUAAGAACAGAUUCCUCAAUGGUUAGAAAUAUCACAUUCAAAGGGAAUAAGCAACUGGGUUUUCAUUAGAACUCGGUACCGCCUCAAAACAGUCUCAGAUAGUCUCAAACUUCGGAGAAAAAAGUUAAAAUAAGAACUAGAAUACAGAAGGAUUCGUUUUGUAAUAUGAUUAUGGCCUUUGAUAGACAACAUAAAUGAACAAGAAAGGAAUAAUAGCAGAUUAUUCUAUUGAAAUACGUCAAAAGAGCUGAACCAACCGUUGAGGUUUUUAUUUGCAGCGACCAAACAAAAACAGACAUUAUCAAGGGAUGUUAUGUUGCAGUGCUUGAAUAUGAAUCUCACCUUCCAAUGUUUACUGAUUUACCCAACGAAUAUCUCGGUAAACCUUGCCAAAGAUCCUUUAUAACGGACCCUGUUGUGUUGUGGUUUUGAUAGCAGUGGAUCGAUUCGUAGCUGAGGUAUUUCCCAUCCGUUCCCCACUGAUCAGUUCAAAACUGGCACUGCAGGUUCUAUAUCCUCGCCACUUGGAUCAUUGCCUUGGCUGUCUGGUGCCCAAACUUGCUCGUCUAUACCCUUGUCGAGUAUCCAACGAAGCAGUACUGCAUGCCACGACGGAAUGGCGCAUUUGA